UAUAAUUUAGAUAUAAGUAUCACUCUGCAGCAGUGUAUAACUUAACCCAAUCAAUUCAUUUUUCGAUGUUUAUUCAGAAAAACCAUCCAGAACAGAUAGGCAAAUUAGAGUUGGCAGGUCACAUCAGGCUUACUACCAGGGUUUAUAUAGCCUGUCUAAAGGGCUUAAAUAAUUUAUAGCAUAGGAAAAGUAUUUAGAACCGAAGUAAAAUAUUAUUGUACACAGCCCCCACCUGUUUAUCUGUUGUCUUGCCGAGUUCAAGAUGGACCUGGUGGGGAGAGCUGAGCACUUGAACAAGGCAUUUAUCCACCAAAGCAUGAAGUUUCUGGGUGAUCCUUAACAGAAAAGGUUUGCUAAGCACAGAUCAAAAUGGGAAAUAAAAGAGGACGGAGGGAGUUGGGGGCAUGAACACCUGAGUUCAAAUAUCCAGUAUCCACAUUUGUGUGUGUGUGUGUGUGUGUAUGUGUGUGUGUCCAGGAGUGAUCCCACAUCCACUUAUAACCCCAUUGUUAUGGGACAGAGACAGGAGGAUCUAAGGGGUUUGCUGGUUCCAGGUGCAGUAAAAAGAGGAACAAGGAACUAUGGCAGAGAGAGAUCGGGCAGGACAUCUGAUUCCUUCCCCUGUCCUCUUGUUCACAUGGAUACACAGACCAACAUACAUGUGUGGAUAUAGGACACACACACAAAUGGAGGAAGAAAAACUAUGAGCAUAAAACAGUUUAUCCAGACAUUUACAAAUCAGUGUCUUAAGUAUUUAAAGUAUUAUAAAAUGUCAAACGAGUGUAUGGAUAUUUACAUUAUAAGUUAUGUCAUUUGACCAAUAAGAUUACGAUUCUAUAAACUUGUACCAGCACAAACAUUUCUGCUACCUGAGAGGCCUAAAAGAAUAAAAAUGAUUUAUUCUUCACUCUGGUGAACAUAGCAAGGACUAGACUUAGUGUUCAGAAGUAGUCGUAGCUGUAGUACUGAGCGGUUUCUGAGCAUUUAUGCAGUAUUCUCCUAGCCUACUGUGUAGUAGAGUUGUGCACUGACAGACCACAGAUUUCAUGCAAGCAUCUUCUCAGUUUUCCACACUGGAGGCUUUCUUUUUAACAUUUUAUAUGUGUGUCCUUGUCACUGUACAGUAAGCAGGCUUGACCUGUGCUCAAGACAGACAUUUUCUCUGACGUUGACGCUGUUCACUGUACAGAUAUUCUUGAAGAGACAGCAGAGAGUGGACCCAGCGCCUUGGUUCAUAAGACAUGCAGAAACCUGAGCAACCUAUGGAAAUGCAUGUGCCAUGUGUUUACACACAUGCAUGCCAACUACUCUCGCUCAGAGAGUAGACAGUUGGUCUUCCUUAAACCUUUCCUUGAUUCUCUACUGCAGUGGUUUAGAACAAGAUGUGCCUUAUAUAGUUUGAAGUUAUGAGAAAGUACCCUAGAUAUAUUCAUGUUAACACAGCUCACCAUGGUUUUGAUAGUGCUUUUUAAUUAUGUUCUUAUAAACCGAAGGACCCAGGAAAAGAGCUAGACCCUUGGCUGAAGAGUCUACAAGGCCCAAGGCCUAGCGAUUGGUUAGAACUUCAUAACUGAGCUGAUUUGGGGUGUUGCAGAUGCAGCCUGUCUGUUUAUAAAACCUUAUUAGGGUUUUAUUGCUCUAAAGAGACACCAUGACCAAGGCAACUCUUAUAAAGGAAAACAUUUCAUUGGGGCUGGCUUACAGUUUCAGAGGUUCAGUCUGUUAUCAUCAUGUUGGCAAGCAUGGCAUCAUCCAGGCAGACUUGUUGCUGGAGAAGGAGCUGAGAGUCUACAUCUUGAUAUAUGGCAGCCAGCAGGAGGGUCUCUUUCACACUGGGUGGACCUUGAGCAUAGGAGCUCAAAGCCCACCCUCACAAUGACACACUUCCUCCAACAAGGACACACCUCUUAAUGGUGUCACUCCCUGUGGUCCAAGCAUUAAACACAUGAGACUAUGAGUGUCAUUUGUUUACGAUACACAGACCUAAGUUAUCUUAGACUGUCAUUAGCCCUGGUCAUCCCCCACCCCAUGUCUGUCUUUCAGGCUCGCAUGACUUCCCACUUAAAUCCUUUUGACAAUCAGGCGAUGUCCUUGUUGCUGUGAAUGAUGUAGAUGUGACUUCUGAAAACAUAGAAAGAGUUCUGUCCUGCAUCCCUGGGCCAAUGCAGGUGAAGCUGACAUUUGAAAACGCAUAUGCUGUGAAACGGGAAACAGCUCAACCCCAAAAGAAAAAGGCACAGUCGAGCACCCAAGAUUUGGUGAAACUCCUCUGCGGGUCAGAGGCUGAUGCUGUCCAGCACAGUACCCUGAGCAUCCCACACAUCUCCAUGUACCUCACACUGCAGCUCCAGUCAGAGGCAGCCAGGGAGGAGCAGGAAAUUCUUUACCAUUAUCCAGUGUCUGAAGCAUCUCAGAAACUCAAGAGCGUGAGGGGGAUUUUUCUCACGCUCUGUGACAUGCUGGAAAGCGUAACGGGGACACAAGUCACUAGCUCAUCCCUCCAUCUAAAUGGGAAACAAAUUCAUGUUGCUUACUUGAAAGAGUCUGACAAGUUGCUGUUAAUUGGCCUGCCUGCUGAAGAAGUUCCUCUUCCUCAGUUAAGGAACAUGAUAGAAGAUGUGGCCCAAACCCUAAAGUUCAUGUAUGGUUCUUUAGACAGCGCCUUCUGCCAGGUUGAGAACGCACCUCGUCUGGAUCAUUUCUUCAGUUUGUUCUUCGAACGAGCUCUUCGGCCCGGCAAGUUGCAUCUCAGCGGCAGCCCCAGCGCCCAGCAGUAUGCCGCAGCCAGUGCCGUGCUUUUGGACAAUCUCCCGGGAGUCCGUUGGCUCGUGCUUCCACAGGAACUCAAGGUGGAACUGGACACAGCACUGAGUGACCUUGAGGCCGCUGACUUCGAAGAACUGUCUGAGGAUUAUUAUGACAUGAGACGGCUGUAUACAAUUUUGGGUUCUUCUCUGUUUUACAAGGGUUACAUGGUGUGCAGCCAUCUGCCUAAGGAUGAUGUUAUUGAGAUCGCUGCAUACUGUCGCCAGCACUGCCUGCUGCCUUUAGCAGCAAAGCAAAGGAUUGGCCAGCUGAUAAUAUGGAGAGAGGUGUUCCCAAGACACCACCUCCAGCCCCCUUCAGACUCAGACCCCGAGGCCUUCCAGGAACCUGAAGGGAGAUAUUUCUUACUAGUUGUCGGAUUGCGACAUUAUUUGUUGUGCGUGCUGUUAGAAGCUGGAGGCUGUGCAUCUAAAGCUACUGGGAACCCUGGUCCCGAUUGUAUCUAUGUAGAUCAGGUCAGAGCGACCCUUCAUCAGCUGGAAGGAGUAGACUCCCGCAUAGAGGAACAGCUAGCCACAUCCCCGGGGCCCUGCUUGUCUUGUGCUGACUGGUUCCUUGCUGCUCCACGUGAAAAGGCAGAUAGUUUGACUACUUCACCUAUCCUCAGUCGGCUGCAGGGGCCUUCCAAAACAGCAGCCUCUCCAACAUGCAGGAGAACCUUUUUCAGUGACUAUUCCUUCAAGGCACGGAAGCCCAGUCCCUCCAGGAUCGGUGGAGGACGUGAACCCACUGAAGGGGAAGAAAGUGCUGGUCUGAGCCCACAUGCUACCCCAGAUGCAGUACGGAAGCAAAGAGAAUCCGAAGGCUCGGACGACAAUGUGGCCUUGCUUAAGCUUGCUAGAAAGAAGUCAACACUUCCAAAUCCGUUUCAUUUGGGAACUUCGAAAAAAGAACUUUCAGAAAAAGAGUUGGAAGUCUAUGACAUAAUGAAAUUGACCUCCGGUCCUGAGAAUACACUCUUCCACUAUGUUGCCUUGGAAACAGUGCAAGGCAUCUUCAUCACCCCCACCCAUGAAGAGGUGGCUCAGCUAGGUGGUUCCGUUCACUCUCAACUGAUAAAGAAUUUCCAUCAAUGUUGUCUCUCUAUCCGUGCAUUUUUCCAGCAGACGCUGAAGGAAGAGAAAAAGAAAGCGCUAAGUGAUGGAGAGCAUUCGGAGCCUACAAAUUCAGUGUCUUCUCUGAGCCCUGUGAAAGAACAUGGUGUGCUGUUUGAAUGCUCACCUGAAAACUGGACUGAUCAGAAAAAGACUCCACCAGUCAUGUCAUACUGGGUAGUAGGGCGGCUCUUUCUUAACCCAAAACCUCAGGAACUAUAUGUCUGUUUUCACGACUCAGUCUCAGAAAUUGCCAUUGAAAUGGCAUUUAAAUUGUUCUUUGGGUUAACGUUGUAGCUGUGUUUGUAAGAUGCAAAGCAACACACCGAUGGACCACAGGACAUUGUCAGAAUGACAGAAAUCAUCAUACAGAGAUAAGGCUCAGUACAUUCACUAUUCACUAUAGUACUCGUUAAAUACUGAGAUGCAAUCCUAUUGGGUUGGUCCAUCAGUUCAUGUGUGGUAUUAUACAAGACUCUGAGCUGGUACUUGAUCAAAAUAUAGACACAAGAUUGUUAAUUUAUUGCCAUUUUGGUAUACCUUGCUAAUUUAUUGAAUAGUUUUAAAUAAUGUGAAUUCUUUAAUAAAAAAUUAAUAUAGAUGGUUUUUUAGGGUUCAUAUUUUAAUCAUUGUUUGUUUUCAUAAAACCCAAUACUGAAUGACUGAAACCUGGUGAAGAAGUCAUGACUUGAAGAGAUGGCAAGGUUCUGUAGCUGGUUAGUGCUGUGUUGUGAGCAAGCGCUUGCAUCAGUUAGACCUCAGAGUAUGUGUAGACUAAUCACAUUAUUAUUGCAUUAGGAUUUUGAAACACCCUGUUAAGAAAAAUGUGUUGUUUGCUUAUUGAUCAGUAUAUAAAUUUACAAAACCUAUGUUCUAGUUUCUUAGCAAAUCAAAAGCCUGUGCACUGAUUUAAGUAUUUUAGUAGAUACCUCACUACAGAGGCAGAGGGAGAGGAUGGCAGUUAAAGUUAAUGUAUAUUUAUUUGAUUCUCUUUAUUGUUUAUUUGGAUUAGGAUACACAUCUGCAAUCAUCUGUAAACUCCCCCUGCUUUCUUUCUGGUUCACAUACAUUUAUGUCAGCUCUAUCGAAUCAUAUUAAAGGCACUGAAGUGGGGGCUGGAUCAAUGGCUCAGAGGUCAGGAACAAGUACCUCAUUGGCAGAGACCUGAGUUCAGCUCCCAGCACCCACAUUAGGUAGCUCAAACCCCCUGUAACUCCAGGGACUCCUUUGGCUUUUGCCAGGUGCCCACACACACAAUUAGAAAAUAAAAAUCCUUUUUAAAACACUGGGGGUCGGGGUGGUGGUAAGGAACAAGCUAAAGCUAUUGUAUGUAACUUUUUCUAUAAAAUACUAAUUUCUGUCUUACAAAUCAGCAUCAAUCUGCACUGGGUUUUUCCAAAGGAGAGGGGUUGCUUUCCCCGACUGUGGCUAAUGUGAGCUUCAGCGGUACAGAAAGCUGACAAGACAGAUUUUCUUUGGCUGUGAGAAUUUGGUGUGUUGAAAAGUAUAGUAAAUGCUAAAUUUAUUAUUGCCAUCUACCCAGGUGGACAUCCCAGAGGCUCAAUAUCCCCCUACAUUUUACAGUCCUGGGUAAUGUCUCUUUCAGGGGUUAUAUAUGUUGGAAGGCAAGCUAUCUAUCUUAGUCAGGGUUUCUAUUCCUGCACAAACAUCAUGGCCAAGAAGCAAGUUGGGGAGGAAAGGGUUUAUUUGGCUUACACUUCCAUACUGCUGUUCAUCACCAAGGAAGUCAAGACUGGAACUCAAGCAGGUCAGGAAGCAGGAGCUGAUGCAGAGGCCAUGGAGGGAUGUUCUUUACUGGCUUGCCUCACCUGGCUUGCUCAGCCUGCUUUCUUAUAGAACCAAGACUACCAGCCCUGAGAUGGUCCCACCCACAAGGGGCCUUUCCCCCUUGAUCACUAAUUGAGAAAAUGCCUGACAGUUGUAUCUCAUGGAGGCAUUUCCUCAACUGAAGCUCCUUCCUCUGUGAUAACUCCAGCUGUGUCAAGUUGACACAAAACUAGCCAGUACACUAUCUAAAGCCAAUCUAAUGUUUGUCCCUACAUUUCCCCUCCCUCAAACACUAACCCUCCAGCUUAAAACUAGAAAGCAUACUAGUGCACCCCUGAGCCAUUCGGUCUUAUAAAACUACUGUUGCCUUGGCCAUCAGUGUAAGAUUCUCAUCAAGGCAUAGGUGACAGAUACCAGCUGUUUACAUCACUGGUGACUUCUGGGCCUUCAUUGCGGCUUUCAAGUCAGAUAAGAAAAUUGUGCACCUUACAAUGUAGAGAACAGUUUGAAAUAUCUCCCCACGUAACUGAGUCAAUUAGUUAAGACUCACUUCUGUCUUAGACGGCCCGUGUGCCGAUGUGUGUUCCAGCAUUUCUAAAAGUGUACUCAUUAAAUGUCUCAAGUUUUUGGAUAUAGCCUCAAAUCCCGAGCUGGUUCUAGUGCUGAUCAUUAUGAUGAAUGUAGCUGUUGAUGACCUCAGGUGUUCAGGCAGAACAAACUAAGACUUGGGGUUUUAAUAAAGGGAACUUUUUUCCAUUUAAAUUUUGAUCUGUUCAUGCUCUCUUCAUGUCAGAUAGCCAUGCACACAUUAUUCAAAAUGUGGUGUGAAGGACAAGCACAGCACAGAUGUUAAAGAUGAGCCACUGGCAGUGCAGUGAGUGUGCAUCAUAAUUCCAUACUGAAGAGACACAGCAUUUUUAAGGAAAGAAUAUUGUCUUCCUUUCCAUUUCCAAGUGAACACUGAAGGCAAACAUAGCUGACCAUGCCCGUAAAUAAAUUCAGACUCACAUCUGAAAGUCAAUCAGUCUGACUGUUGGACAGUAGAGUCCCUGUCUGUCUUGUUUUCAGGGAGAGGACAAAAUAUCAAGUGCAGAUCCCAUAAGGAUGGGCUUCAGAGAAACCUCCUUGAGUCAGGUUUUAUUCACAUCCUGGUAGUCGUGUUCUAAAGAACAUUACUGUACGAAAGUAAAAUGCAUGGUCUGCCUAACAUUCUUAGAACUGUUAUGUCUGGCUUGGUGGCACAUGCCUAGAAUCCAGUGUUCAGGAAGCUGAGGCAGAGGGCAGGCUGGGUUCUAUCUGUAACAAAAAUAAAACCACAAGUGCUUUCUUCCUACUACCUCACGUUUCUUAGCCCCAAAGAAACUCCAGACUCUUGCUUUUUCUUUCCCUCUUCUCUCUCUUCUCUCUUUCCUUUGUUUCGGUCUUGUCAGAGAACUGUACCUAGGAGGGUACGGUAGGCAGUGUAUCACUUUUUGUGCCAAGGGACAAUAGAUGAUGAUACAUACAUACCUAACAAAAUGGUGAUUGUAAAAUAAUCUCUUAAAUAUUUCUGACACAAAUCGAAAAACCGUGAAACUAGUCUACUAAGUUUUGUCUGCUUUAACCAUUGUUCGUUUCCAUAUGCUCUCCCUAAACCAUGGUUGUCAUACAUUGUCAAUUAUGAAGCAUAAGCUGUGGCUACCAUUUAUCAUCAUUAAGUGGCCCCAGCUUGAGAAACAAAAGGGUACAGUUAAAUCAUGCCCGUUACUGCAUAACAUGACAGCAACGAUCUGAGAAAAUUACUUUGUUGUAUAGUUUUGAAAAUAAGGAUUUAUAUUUUGGAUUUUUUUAAAUGGUAAGUUCUAUUAAAACCUGAACCUACACACCAAACUGUAUGAACUAACUUAAUUAUGAAGAGUUUUAUUUCUGUAUGUAAUUAAAGCUAUUUUUCUACAUUAUCCAGAGUUUUAAAUAAAAAUGUUUUGGAGGUUUG